AUGCUCACCACAAAGCCGAUUGUUAAGGAGCUUGUGCUUUUGGGUGGUGGACACAGUCAUGUGGAGGUUCUGCGCAGCUUCGGCAUGCGGCCAGUCGCAGGGGUCCGCCUUACGCUGGUGACGCGCGACGUGCACACCCCCUACAGCGGCAUGCUGCCCGGCUACGUCAGCGGCUUCUACACGUAUGACGAUUGCCACAUAGACCUGGCGCGGCUCGCGGCGUUUGCGUCGGCGCGCCUCAUCCAUGACGAGGCUUGCGGAAUCGACCCCAAGGCAAGAUGA